UGUGACAAAGAGAUGGUAGCCAAAGAAGCCUGCCCGUUUGCACCCCCAGAGAGAGAGAGAGAGAGAGAGAGAGAGAAGCCAGAGCUCACGGGGGGGGCACAGACCAACCAUUAAAUGAGAGCACGUAAUGGGCAGCCAUGCUAACAUUCCAUCCAUCUUCCAAGUCUGCAUGCAUGUGUAUAUUUAUAUGUGAGGAAAGGCGACGGAAGAGUAAGGCGGCCGGCAGACAAAUAUUGGCUUUCUUUUGUGAGUCUGAGAGGCGCAAAAAUAUGUCUCAUAUUACUGUGGAGAGGAACAGGAGAAGGCAGAUGAAUGAACAUAUCAAGGUGCUGCGAUCGUUGACACCGAGUUUUUAUAUCAAAAGGGGAGACCAAGCAUCUAUUAUUGGAGGAGCCAUAGAAUUCAUCAAAGAGUUGCACCAAGUUCUACAGUCGUUGGAGGCCAAGAAAAGAAGGACGAGCUUAAGCCCCAGUCCAACUCCGAGCCCGAGGCCAUUACUGCAAUUAACUCCAUCACCAACCUCGAACAAUACUUAUGACCCUGACAUCGUAAGGGAACUUGGGGCAUGCUGCAAUUCACCAGUUGCAGAUGUAGAGGCAAAAAUCUCAGGUUCAAAUGUCCUCUUACGAACCCUUUCCAAGCGCAUCCCGGGUCAAGUUAUCAAGAUAAUAACUGUGCUAGAGAAAUGGGCCUUUGAAAUCCUUCAUCUCAACAUAAGCAGCAUGGAAGACACUGUACUCUACUCCUUUGUCAUAAAGAUUGGAUUUGACUGCCAACUUAGUGUGGAGGAAUUAGCUCUUGAAGUCCAACAGAGCUUCUCUAAGGAUAUUACAUAUUGAGGAAAAAAAGAAAACGGUGUUUUAGUCUCAAAGUGAUGGUCUGUAGGUAUGAUAGAUAUAAGAUUGUUUAAGAUUAUGAAAUCGUGUCAAAAGCUGUAAUCAAUUUUAUCACAUAGACUC